CACUGACACUUGAACGCAGCAACAGUCAGAAAACUAGUUUGGAGCUCCAUGAUUUCUUGUGUUCGCUGUCAUGGAGUCUCGGAAGGAUAAUCUCAGAUCGCUGCUGUGCUGUGCCUUCGUGCUGUGCGUUCAUCUGCAGCUGGCCUGGACGGGAGAUUGCCCUGGAGACGGACGCACCUGGGUGCCGUUUGGAGGCAGAUGUUACCACUUUGUCCACGGAGCUGAAGAAACUAUCAAAAGCUACACUUUUGGCAGAGCAAAAACCCUCUGUCAAGGCUUUGAGCUUUUGACCGUCCAGAGUGCUGAGGAAAAUGACUUUAUCAUUAAAUAUAGCCCAGAGGUGUGGAAAGAAGAGGUCAACAUGUGGCUGGGAAUGUAUUAUGACACAAACACUGACGACAUGAGGUGGUUUGGCGAGGACCCUGUGACGUACACCAACUGGGAGAACACCUUUCCGUCAGACCUCAUGCCCAUGGAAACAUGCGUGGCCCUGCAAAGCAAGACUGGAAAGUGGGAGAAUGUCAGCUGCACACAGGAUUAUGAGAAUGGAGUGGUCUGUGAAACAGCACAAAAAGAGGAAGCCAAACCGAAACCCAGUGCGCUGCUCUCCGCCCUGGUCAUUCUCAGCGUGGUGGCUAUCGUGGGAGUCUCCGCAGUUAUUUGGUUUCUGCAUCAGAAGCACAAUCUCGGCUCCACCAUCCUCACGGCGUUCGAGUACCACCCUCCGUUCCGAGUCCUGGACACGGACCAGUCCUGCCUGGUGGAGGCCGAGGAGACCGACAGCACGCCAUAAGAGAACUCUCGCUCUCUUCCACGUUAGGGAACACCAAGCCCUCCUCACUGGGUGGGUGUUGAUUGCAAAGAGAAGUCCACUCUUAGAACAACUACUCGAGCAGUUUUGGGUUAACACGUGUCAAUGGAAUGACUCAGAAUAGUGUAGUGUGAUUGGGAGAAAACUGACGCCAAUCUUACUCUGAUACUAACCCCUUCACUCUUCUGCUUUUUUUUAUCACUUGCACUAACAAAGAAUCAUUUGUACAUUUCACAGAUUGGUGUGUGUUCAUCACCUGUCACUGGGUGUAACAUCAGGUUAGACUGUAUAUCAGACACUACACAAUGCUUCAAUAACUUUUGGGAUUGCUAUUUCUCUUUUGCGUAUUAAAAGAAACUUACUGUUGCUUUUUU